AUGACGGAAUCAGUAAGAGGCAGCCAGUUGGCUGCGCAACAGGAGUCAAAAGCGCCAACACCCGCGUCAAAAGCAACAAGGCGCGCAGGGCGGCGGCUCAAGACUGCUCCCAUACAGCCUGAGGCAGGUUCGUUAUACGACAUUAUGCACACUCACUCUGGAACUGGACUAUACGUCCUUCCAAUCCUCUGGACAGAUCUCCACACCAAGUCGCUCAAUGUUCAGUUCCAAGACCAAGGGCGCAUCAACUACCCAGCGCCCGUGGUAAACCAUGACUUGCCACCAUCACCGCCACCUGAGCCGUGCGAUGCAGCUAGGAAUUUAUGCUACGAGAUCAGCACAUUCGCAGACAAAUCAUCUGCACCCUCGGCAAAAAUGCGCUGUUUGAAGCGCUUGAUGAGCGGCUUCUUCCCAGGCAUGCCUUGUAAGGCCAAGACUGGAGUAGAUAUGGAGUUGCACUUUGGGACAAGGUUUUAUCGAAAAGCCGUCAAAAUUCCAAUGAUAUGGAAAAGAGGAGACUCACGGUCACAGUCGUUUGACUCCGCCGCCACGUGCCCCUUGUCUUCGUCUCCAAUGUCGAACUUGAGCGAUGCCAGCCUCAGUGACGACGAUGAAGCUAGUGGCAGCAAGAUCCACAGAAGGUGUGAGCGCAGCGCGCCAUUACUUGCAUAUGUGGAUCGGGAUCAUCUCUCUCAUGUUCGGAAGAGCUUGUUCCGGGUAGCGCCAGGUCCUUUGGACGGCGAUUACCAGAACUCGCCUGUCUUGAACCUGCAGAAAUUGCGCUCAAAAGCGCUCGUACCUGCCGAUCGCGAUCAGGAUGCUCACCUGGUAGCCAUUCUCAUUGCAAUGGCACAACAAAGAUUUUACAACAAGAAUGGAAGUCGCCGGUUUAAGUUGUCUCGGUCCACCAACGAGUGCGCAUCGUCUGGUUCGACUGAUCCGGCUCGUCGAUCCGACGAAGCCAUCUACGAUGUUGAAGUACGUGUCUUCACUUUUGAUGCAGUGGAAAACGAUUUCAUCGUCUACACUGGAACUAUUGGCGCCGACUUCCUAGAAGGUUUUGCAGAUCCCGCCAGGACUCUGCACAGGCAGCCAGAUGGAGGCUCGUCGAUGCGCAUUGCUUACACGCGUGUGCCCAUUUGGCCUUUUUAUGGCCUUAAGGAGCGUCUCGGCAAAGCUUUGGGAUCUGAAGUGACGGGCGCACGCUUCGUCGGCCCUGGUUACGAUACCUAUCGCAACGACGAAGAGCUGGCAUCGCACCAAGCGGAGUUGGCUAGAGCACAGAUUGACUCUGAACGUAUACUCCUUGCCACUCAAGCAGUGUUGCGCAGAGAAAAAGAGCAAGAUUUGCAGGAGAUACUCGAGAGAAGCUUCGGGCAGCAAGGUACGAAAAGGAACUGGGAUGCGUCAGAUGCUGGAAUUUCAACCGAUAUUACACCCCCAGCCUCAGCACCUAAAAGAAGACGAGGGAGAAGGUCGAGUGGGAUUGUCGAGGGUUCUGGGCCUUGCGACUUUAUCGCAACUCCGUCCUUCGACCUCAUGUCGGAGGAUGAAUCGUAA